CCCGACCUCAAUUAGGUCUGAGGUUACUGAACAUAUAUUUGACUAUAUGUACAUUUACUAUUUCAGUUUUCAUUGUGUUCCAUUUAAUAGCCUAGUUAAUUUUUCCUGCUCCUUUCUUUCAAUUUCCUUUUCUUUUCUUUUAUAAUUAUUCGUAUAAACUUUCUCCAUUUUUUAUUGUUAGUAUAUACUCAAUUUAUACCGAUAGUUUAUUUUCCUGUUGUUGGAUGUGUUCUGAGGGGCAAUUGACUGCCUCAGCAGAAAAUCCCCUCGAACACCAUUUGUGACCUUGCCAUGAGCUUGCUGGCCUGGUUUUCUCUGGGGAGUGCCACGCUGGACCAACAAAUUCGGAUGGUCAGAGUGACUGCAUGUACAUGCAUAUUGGCCAUUUCUCUCCUUGCCACAUCACCAUUUAACAAGCCAGUGCCGAGCAGGUUAGACUGUGCCUCUCCAUCUCCUCUCAUGAUUUUGUUGGAAGCCGAGAUAUAUAUUUAAAUCUCGCAAUUGGAGAAGUUUGCAUUGUUUCAUCGCAAUUGGAGAAUUUUUGCUUUGUUUCAUCGCAAUUGGAGAAUUUUGCUUUGUUUCAUCAAUACGAAUGUUGGCUCUCUGUUAUAGGACCAGAAUUUGGCAAAGUGCUAGACUGUCCUUCAUCAGCCGUCUGCUAGACUGGCCUAGUCCACUCAGUGCUGUAGGAACACCGCUGUGUCCCAUGGUCCUACUGUGCUACCAGUAAACAAGAGGAGUACAGCCUGGAUGAUCAGCCAAUGGAGCUGAGGACCGUGAGGGUUUUCUACCAUCACCAUCGUCUUCCCAAGCCUUGGAGCUUCUGUGAAGAACUUUGAUAUUAGAUUUUGGCGCCUUUUAUUUUUUUUCCUGAGCUCAGUUUGUUUUAAUCUUUUACUCACAUUACUUAAUUUUGCCUUUGAUUCUUGCUGGAGUUUAUCUUAUUGUUUUGUGUGCAUAUUUGAAGUUUUACCAUUUAUAAUCUUGUGGUAUUUUCUUUGCCUUCUAUUAAAAUAAACUAAGUUUUGUGCAUGCAAAAUCUUUAAAUGUAAAUCAGUGUAUUCUUUCAGAGGGAGUCGAUACUUGAAAUUGGUUCCUGCUUGAUGAAGGUGAACCACGGGUUACAUUUUGGGGGCUUGUCCGGGAAACUUUAAUUAACGACACUGAUUCUGAUGAGUCAAUUUUGUACUGACUGGUAGGGAAUUUGUAUGCAUGAAACUUUGUUUAUUAUUGAUUUGGCAUUUUAUUUGUCGUAUUUGUGUAUGAUGUGUCUCUCCCCAUGUAUUGGCUAUUUGCUUUGACAUAACUGAUUUUCCAGGAAUUGACACAAACCUGCAACAGAGAGCCAACAUUCAUACUAGUCCGACCCUUUAAUUGCGAUAUUGUAUAUUUCUGGCAAACUGACGUGUCGUCAACAUGGAGGAAUCACUUAAGAAAAUUGCUUUGGACUGGUGCAAAAAGGAAGAGACUAGGCCGAGUCACUCUAUACUUUUGUCCAUGAAGUUGGUUGCAACCCCUACCCAAACCAUUGCGCUUGCACUGACAGAUUGUCUCCCCAAUAUUGUAGGCAUUUCUAGACGAGAGGACGUGGGGCAAGAUCUGACCCUUGUUCUCUGUGAUUUUGACAAACCUGUCUCUUUUCUUAAGUUUGGGUCGGAAAUCACCUUGAACUUCCAACCACUCCCGACUUCUUGUCGCGUCAUCCGUUUGGAUGAUUCUCCCUCUCACUUUCCUUCCAAGAGUAGCAGAGUCCGUAUCAGUGACCUCACGAAGAACGGAGCCCUUGACGAAUGGCGGAACAGGCCCAGACCUAAUUCUACUGAGUCAGUUCCGGCGAUACCUUCCACAUCUGCUGGGACUUCCGUUUCCCAACCCCUUCCCUCUGACUUUUCCAAUUCCUUUUCUCGCUGCACUCUUGCAGCCAAUUACCGGAAACUGAGAUGUUUUUCGGGACUUGCCGUACCAUCAAAGGACGAAGAUGGCUACACAGCAUGGAUAGACCACGUCGAGGGCCAAAUGGAUGAAUGGCAAGACCUUGACGAUGCGGAGAGAAGGAAGAGGGUACGAGAGGCAUUAAGGGCACCAGCCCUUAGCAUCAUCAAUGAUCUCCGUAGGGAGAAUCCUCUUGCGACCUCCCGCGACUACCUAAAAGCCCUCGACAUGGCUUUUGGGGAUACUGAGACAAAUGAUGAGCUCUUUGUCAAAUUCCACAGUAUGACUCAGAGGAGAGAGGAGAAGCCCUCCCAGUUCCUAACAAGGCUACAGGGAACCCUACGGAAAGCCCUCAGGAGGGGUAUAAUCCCUCAGGACCAGUCCAAUAGGGUCCGUCUCACGCAGUUCAUAAGGGGAAUCACCUUCGACGAAAUGUUACUGGUGAACCUUCAUUUAAGGGACAAAGUCGACCUGCCUCCCACUUUUCUCACCCUUUUGUCCCUGGUGAGGAAACAGGAAGACGAAGCAAAGACCAAGCUGGCACAUCGGAGUCAGCCGGCUGAACAUCAAGGAGUACAUCAUCUGCAACAUCUUUCACCACAUGUGCCAUCAUUCUUUCCCUCUGCCCCUCAUUUCUUUCAGCACUCAGCUCCCUUAGUGCCUGCUCCCCGUCACUCAAUGGCGCAUCCUAGACCACAGGGUGAACGGCGUGGGUCUGGCCAGAGGAGUUAUAACGCGGGUGCUGAAGACAGGGGCACUCUUGUAAAUUUCUGCUUUGGAUGUGGUGAACAGGGACACAUCCGUCGGAGGUGUCCAAACCCACCCAACACUGAAGUCGUCAAUCAGAAGUUGAUUAAGUUUAUCCUUGGAGAGCGUCAGUCGGGAAACGGUUCGGGACGGCUGCCAUCGGGGAACCAGGCGUCCAACAACCAGUAAGCCCCAACCCAAGUUA